UAACAAAGCUCGCUCCCUUGCCACUGUCACGGUAUGCAGAUUAUGCAAAUAUUCCUGACGCGGAGUUGUAUGCAGCGUACGAAUUGCAUGUAUCGCUAGGUGAUAGACUAUUUGGUGUCGUCGUCUUGCGGAUGGCGUCACGUGUGAUGCUAAGACGAGCUCUGAGCUUCACGGGCGGAUUGAUGUCUCGAGCCAACACCAUGGCGAAGGCACGCAGGCAACCCAGUUCAGACAUGGCAGCAUUUCGCGAAGUGUUUAAAUCGGCCCGGCACGUAGUCGCACUUACAGGAGCCGGUAUUAGUGCCGAGAGCGGCGUGCCUACGUUCCGUGGUGCUGGAGGCCUCUGGCGAAAGUAUAAUGCGCAGGAUCUUGCUACACCAACUGCUUUCUUGGCUAAUCCAUCUCUGGUUUGGGAGUUCUACCACUACCGACGAGAUCUAGUGCUACAUAAAAAGCCAAAUGCGGCACACAAAGCUUUAGCAGAAGCUGAAAGUCACUUUGAGAAAGCAGGACGGACAUUUGUUGUGAUCACUCAAAACAUUGAUGAACUGCACAGGGCAGCUGGAACCAAAAACUUGUUGGAACUGCAUGGGACUUUGUUCAAGACCAGGUGCACAAAGUGUGGGUACGUAGACGUCAACAAGGACAAUCCCAUCACUCCUGCCCUUGCCGGCAAAGGGGCUCCCGAUCCUGAUGCUCCUGAGGCUGCCAUACCGCUGGGUGAAUUGCCGAGGUGCAAGAAAUGCACUGGACUGCUGAGGCCGCAUGUUGUUUGGUUUGGAGAGUCAUUAGAGCCAGACGUUCUUGCCAAGGCAAAUGUUGAACUUGAGCGGUGUGACCUCUGCCUAGUGAUUGGCACUUCAUCUGUAGUAUACCCGGCAGCAAUGUUUGCUCCUGAAGUUGCUGCUCGGGGUGUUCCUGUUGCGGAGUUUAAUCUGGAAUCUACUCCUGGCACUGAAAACUUCGGGUUUCAUUUUGAUGGGCCCUGUGGCACUACACUACCCAAGGCUCUGGCUUUGUAAAGUUUAUUUAAGUCUUUACAGGAGAUGGACACAGCACUCUCAAAGCUAAUGCAAGCACACAUGGUGCUGGACUGUCUGUACUGUGAAGUUCACGCAUGAGCACAUGAACGAAGCUUGAAGGUGGAAGUUGCAAGUUUACUGUGACGCUUGUUAAGGACUUGUGGUUUUCAGAAUGGCAGCUACUCUAGUGAGGUAAAGCAGUGGUUAAGAUUUGUGUGGCAAGUUAGAGCUUGAGAAGUGUACACCUGAAGGUCUUUGCAUGUUUAUUUUACAUUAAUACUAGUGCUCAGAGCUGCUAUGAUGUCUCACAGAUUGUUUGCAAGUAAGGUCAUACAGCUUUGUGUUGCUGGCAUAUCCUUACUUGUAGGCCAGGCUUAUGCAACACACACACUUUUGUGUCAAUAUGUUGGAAGCAUUCAAUUUGCAAUGCCUGUUGGUGUGGUACACAAUAGAUUGCAUUUGUUAAGAUACAUUUCCAUAUAGCAGGAGAGGGCAUUGUAAUGCUCGGCUAAUCUUACUUUUGUACCUAGUCUCUCUCUGUUGUUUCAUCUAACGGGCCAAACUUAGUCAUAUUGACAUUUCUAGCUUUUAUUUUAUGUGCACUGCAGUUAAUGCUGAUACUUAUUUUUCUACACAUUACUUCUUGCAGUGGUAUCACUGUCCUCACUUGGAAUACAAAGAAAUUGCGCCAUUUUAACUUUCCCAGUAGACCCUAUUUUGUUUUUCCCCUUUUUAACUGGGAUAGCCACGGUGCACUUCACUAGUGCAUGUCUUGCACACAUGAGCAAACAGAACUUGUUACAUAGCAUAAGCGUGGCAGAGGCAUUGCUGCAAGUUAUAGUAUGUCUUCAUUAUGUUUUUGAAAGUUAGUACUGGAUUCUUUGGCAAGUAGGCUAAUACAGCCUAUGCUAUUGUCAAAAGCAGUGCAAUCUCAGCACUCAUUCCAGGUUAAUGAAGCUAAUGGAGUGUAAUAUCACCAUUGAACAUGUACAAGAUUGUGAAAUGUUUUAUGAAAGUGGGUAUAAAAUGAAUGAGACAUGUAAUGCUUUUGAUACCUGUACUUUUUACAGCCAUGUGGAGAUGAAGUAAACAUGAUUGCAGCUUUCUCGUGGCAUUUUUUAUUCAGACAUC